AUGCUGAGCCUCGUGAACAGGGCCGCGGCUGGGCGCGCACUGUCCGCCGCGGCCGUCCCGACCGCUUCCCGCAUCAUCGUUCCCGUCUUUGCCGCGACGGCGCCGCGCGCGCACCGCCGCCUCGCGCCCAUCGCCAGGAGCUUCACCGCGUCCGCGUGGGUUCGCUUCCCCGAGGGGGCGACUGACAGCACCGGCAAGCCCAAGAAGAAGACGACGACUGCCGCGAAGAAGAAGCCCGCGGCCAAGAAGAAGCCCGCGGCCAAGAAGAAGAAGGCGCUGACGCCGGAGGAAAAGGAGAAGAAGCAGCUCGCGCAGCUGCGCAAGAUGGCGCUGCCCAAGGCACCCAAGGGCAAGCCCGCCAACGCAUGGACAGUCUUCCUCGCCGACAACAUCAAUGCCGGCAGCGGCGUAGCCCUGACGGACGCGGUCAAGGACGUUGCUGCCCGGUUCAAUAACAUCUCUGAGCACGAAAAGACGCGGCUCAACGAGCGUGCCCAGGAAAAUGCCGAGGCCAACAAACGCGCCCUCAAGCAGUGGAUCGAGUCGUACCCGGUCGAGGCCGUCUACAUGGCCAACCUAGCCCGCCGCCGCCUGGCGCGCAAGCUCGACAAGAAGCGCCCAGCGCUCCUCCACGACGACCGCCUGCCCCGGCCGGUACCCAGCGCCUACUCGCUCUUCAUCAAGUCGCGCCACGACCAGGUCGGCGCCGGCACCUCGCCCACCGAUGCCUUCCGCCAGCUCGCGCAGCAGUGGAAGGACCUGCCCGAGGCGGAGAAGCAGCACCUCAAAGGCACCGCCAGCGCCGACGCGCAAAAGCGGCGCCAGGUCACGGAGGAGCUCCGCGCCAAGGGUAAGGCGUACUGGGCGGCCAAGGGUCUGUAA